ACGACCACUUUCUCGCAAGCAAAAGUGGAAAAUCAUUGUAGACUGCUGUUCAAGGCCAACUGCUGGUUUGUACCUGCGGCACGGAAGCCUGAAACAAGGGUGCAGCAUCCACCAAGUCGCUCCGUACAAUCUUGACACUGCGCGAAGGAACACUGCCCCGGAAAGGAGGAGUAUAUACUGUGGAACUGAGAUCUAGCGGAAUGGCCCAAUUCAAAUCACUUGCGGCAGCACCGAGCAUGGCGAGGGGGGCCCUGUCCAUCCUGCUCCUGGCAUCCCUCUUGGUGGCUGGCUCUGCCUCCAGGGACAUUACCGACAUUGCAGGCAUCAUAUCGGACAUCAAGGGGGCCACCAAGCUGCCUGACGCCCAGGACUUCGAGGUUGCCUACCAGCAAUACGCUGAGCUGCUGGCCCCUGUCAUGCUCCUCAGCAAUGGGCUCAACUUUGAGCGUGCGGACCAGGCCAUCGCUGACCUGUUCGUGUCCAUCGCCAACCAGCUGGCUGGACUGGGCGAGGUGCUCACCGGCAAGCAGAAGCCCCAGGUGUCAAUCAACCCGACUGUGCUCUUCAACAAUGGCGCUGCCAACAUCUCCACCAACCUGGCCGGUGCCGCCGCAGCGGCCGUCGGCAUCAACUACGCGCCCUGCCUGAUCAGCACAAGCGCACGUGGAUUCGACGCCACCGCCGCCGCCAUCAACUUCCAGCCGAACGUCAUCGAGAUCCUGGCCGAGGGGCUCGCCGUGUGGCCACAGGCCAUCAACAUCCAGCCCGCGCUGAUCUACGUCAACCCCUGGGGCCUCAACGUCAGUCCCACCGGAGUCAACAUCGCCCCGGCGCUGAUCGCAGUCGCACCCACGAUCACAGCCAUCGGCGACACAGCCGUGGCCGUAAACCCCGUGGGUCUGGCAGUGCCCCCACCCUAAAUGGGCAAACCCCUGAUAUCCCCUGCCUUCCAGAUGGCAGCUGCUGACUGGACGACACAGCAUGGCGGCUCCGCCUCAUCAGGCCGCGCCUGCCAUGCAGACUCAGCCGCCGCCAUGCGCGCAACAGAGAUUUUAUAAUAUUAUGAGAGGUUGCGCAGAAGAUGAGGGGUCUAUUACUGUUUGCAGAGCAGCACGCAUAGAUUUUAUGAGGAGCAUUGCCUCCGUUUCAUCGCCUGAACCUAGUUGUGAGAGAAGUGUGCACCAGGGCAAGAAGCUGCAGCCAGUGGUGGGGCAGAAUUGAGCACACCAAAAUUUUGAAAGCGCAGAUUGGACCACCGGGCAAGGCUUGAUGGCGACAGGGGCACACUCAUGCCCAGUGUGACCUCUGCAAGACAACCUUUUCAGUAAUGCAGUCAGAUUAUGGUGGGAUGAAAAUGGGAGUGAAGGCAAAUGAACAUUCAUGCAUGUAAGAAUUGCCAAAGAGUGAGGUUUGGGAGUUUUCGGUUUUAUGAACAACAUUUGAUGCCUUGGUAGGAAAGUUGUGACAGCGGGACAAUCAUUCAGCUUAAAACCACAGUGAUGAUCAGAUCUCCUCUAGGCAGGGUGGUGUGACUUUGCUGCAAGAUUGCAGCAAGGCAUCCGCUUAGGGCUGCAACCUAGUGAACAAUGGUAUUAUUUUAUGCUUAAGGUCAGGGGUUGAUACAUUGUCUGGCAAUUGGCAAUCCUGUGACCGAUGUGACCAGCCUCACUUGUUGGCCACAAGCGCACUGCGCUCCUCUGGCAGAAGGGGUCUGGAACAUAUAAGCAUAUGUUGUGCUCAUAUGCCUCUUGUCAGGCAUUGAUUGACCGCUUGGAACGUCUAUGCUGCUUGGUGAUGCCCCCAAACACAGUCCCAUAUGGAUGCAAUUGUAAUCCAGUCCUUUAAGUCUCACACCUGAGCUCUUCCAAGGAUCAAAGCGUAAAGAACCAAAAAACAUCAUACAAAGAGCUGCAUUUUUGGUUUUAUGUUACAACGUGCGUGCUUAUGAAAAGUAGGAACUAAAAGAAGCUUCCACCAAAUGUUUGAUCCACGCAAUAGAUCUACUACGAUCCAGAUGGUGCCUUUGAAGGUGACUCUGUCUCUCAAGCCAUCUGCGUAGUUCUGCAGCGAUUGAUCUGUCCGACAUUCUGAUGCGGACAAAAGAGCAGCUGCUGAUCACGCAUGUCAGAGGAACAUCUUCCCAAAGGUGACUGAAAGCACACAGAAUCUGGGGCAGAAGGAUUGGAAUCAACCCCAUUGCUCUGCAGUGUGUGAUCCCUUGAUUUGUCGAUUCGAUUGCUUUGUUACCACACUGACACCAGGGGCCAUC